CUGACGCCCGCUCUCCUCCCGCUGCCGUCCCUGACCCUGCCUUUCCCCCCUCUCUAGGCCCCCAAUCACCAGCUCAUGACUUACUGGCUGCAAGAGCUGCAGCAGAAGAGAUGGGAAUACUGCAACAGCCUGGACGUGGUGAACUGGGACAGCCGGACGUCGCCGACGCCUGGGGACUUGCCUAAGGGGCUUGUCGCCAGAGACACCACCGAUCUGGUUUACCCACAUCCAGACGCUUCUGCAGAAAAAGCCAGAAAUGUCCUUGCUGUGGAAACGGUCCCUGGAGAGCUGGUGGGUGACCAGGCCGCCAGCCAGCCGGCCCCCGGCCACCCCCACGCCCUUAACUUCUACUCCCUGAAGCAGUGGGGGAAUGAGCUCAAGAAUUCAAUGUCCUCCUUCCGUCCCGGGAGGGGGCAGAGCGACAGCCGGAGGACCGUGUUCUACACCCACGAGGAGUGGGAGCUGGUAGAGCCCCCCCCGAAGGACCUGGAAGAGCCCGGGGCGCCCGAAGAAAAGAAGAGGCCCAUGCCUGAGGGGAGCAGAG